UUAUCUUCAUUAUACAGUGCAAGAAAGCGUGAAUAGCGUAUCGGUCACAAUGCAAUGUCGGGAAGUUGAAACAAAAGCAACUGAAGCGAUAGCAAAACUAAAGACUCUACAUCAAGCUAUGCAGCAGAACGAAGCGAAAACAGCUGAGAGAGCCAAGGAGGAGAUCGAAGGAAAGGAUGCCGAUGUUAUAAAUAGCGCUAUGUUUGCCGCAGAGAAUGGUAAGGGUGGUCUUAAGUCGACAAUUCAAGCCUUAAUGAAAACACUUCCUGAUGAAUCCCAACGAUCCACUGCAGUGCAGGAAGCCGCCUCUGCCUUGGCAAUGCCACAAGCCCAGCCAGACAUGUCAGUUGAGUCCUUGGCAGGGUUGCUGAAAACCGUGGAUCCCAAGCUCGAUUUACUUAUAACAAAGCCUUUCACGUGUUAUGUGAGGAUACUGGAGGUCAUUGGUUUGAUAGUGAAAGGAUGUAAGUCAGGGACUGGAUCAUUUGACAGCAUUUAUCAACAAACCACAUCCCAGGCCAACAUCAAUAACGAUCAGUGCUCAACUGAUGCAAUGGUGCAACUUCCAUCCAAGGCAGACAUCCAAGAAACGGUACAAAAAGUCGCUGCAAUUCUCAAAUUCAACCCCGAUUGCAGUUCAAAUAAGCAACGCGAUAGUGCAAGAGGAAGAAAAGGAAAAGCUCAUAAAUUGCGUCUGAAGUUCCAGGACGAUACCUCAAAGGAAGAAGAGGAGAAACCUUCUUUAUCUCAGAGAUGGACUAUCUGUAAAUUGCUAGAAAAAGGUGUUACAGAAAUUGCCAAAUUGACUGGUAUUCCUGAAGACAAAAUUAAGGAUAUUGACUGCAAGGCACUGAUGAAUGACCGAGACGAACUCUAAGAAGAAGUUAGAGAGUUCAUUUCCAAAUGACAAAAUGUUAGCUUAACUAAUCAAAUGGUUCAAAUAAAAUAUUAGAAGACCUGAAAAUAUAUAAAUGACUGAGCGAG